GAACCGCUGCUGCCCUGAACCGGCGGGAGCUCGGGGCUGUUUCGUUCCCAAGGCAUGUAUAGAUGGAGGUGGUGGGAAAACCCCAGAGAUCUCAGUGGAGGAGCGGCUGCAAACCCAGCCCAGGGAGCUGCGAGGACGAAAGACCCUCCCUGAGCCAGGAAGGCGGCCGGAGAUCCAGGCAGAGCUCAGAGCUGGUGGAGAAGCCUCAUAGAAGGGAGAAGCCCCACAAGUGCUUGGAAUGUGGGAAGGGUUUCAGGUGCAGCUCUGACCUGAUCCAGCACCAGAGGGUCCACACUGGGGAGAAGCCCUACGAGUGUGGGGAAUGUGGGAAGGGUUUCAGCCGAAGCUCCGCCCUCAUCCGGCACCAGCUGAUUCACGCUGGGGAAAAGCCCUACGGGUGUGGGAAAUGCAGGAAGAGUUUCUGCACAGUAUCUGAUCUGAUGCGGCACCAGGUGAUCCACACUGGGGAACGGCCCUACACCUGCUUGGAAUGUGGGAAGAGCUUUGGGGACAGCUCCACCCUGAGAAAACACCAGCACAUCCACACAGGGGAGAGGCCCUAUGAGUGUCCUGAGUGUGGGAAGAGGUUUCAGACCAGCUCUGAUUGCCUCAGACAUGAGCAGACUCACACAGAGGAGAGGCCCUUCCGCUGCCCUGAGUGCAGGAAGGGAUUCAAGCACAACUCCCAUCUCACUGCCCACCGGCGCAUCCACAGCGGGGAGAGGCCCUACGAGUGUCCUGAGUGUGGGAAGAUCCACUGGCACAUCCACACUGGGGAGAGGCCCUACGAGUGUCCUGAGUGUGGGAAGAGCUUCUCCAGGAGCUCUCACCUGACACGACACCAACGGAGGCUCCACUAAGGGAAGCCCUGUGAGUGCCCUGAGUGUGGGAAGAGCUUCGUGCUCUGCUCCAGCUCCAUCCCCCAUGGAGGAUCAGUGUUGGAUGAUCCCCAGUGA